AUGCCGUUUGGUCUUCGUAAUGCCGCCCAAACGUUCCAAACCUUCAUCGACCAUGUCUUCCGUGGCCUACCGUUUGUGUACGCCUACAUUUAUGACCUCUUAGUGGCCAACCGGAAUGAGAAAGAACACAAAGAGCAUCUUGCCUUGGUGUUUGACCGCCUUGACAAGUUUGGCGUUUUCAUCAACCCCUCCAAGUGCGUUUUGCGUGUGCCUUCGCUCGAGUUCCUCAGCAAUCAGGUCGACUCUGAAGGUUUGCGUCCCCUCCCUUCAAAGGUUGCAGCAAUUCGUGAUGUCCCUCCACCACUUUCCAAGCGUCAGUCGCAGCGACUCCCCAACAUGGUCAAUUUUUACCGCCAGUCCCUAUUGAACUGUACUGACCUCAUGCUGCCGCUCACCAACAUACUUUCUGGUCCCAAAGGCCCCCUCGAGCUGAUUGGUGAGGCACUGACUGCCUUUGAGGGAAUCAAGAAUUCCCUUGCCGACCUCACUUCACUCACGAAUCCAGCUCCCGAAGCUCAGCUGUCCCAGAUGGUAAAUGCUUUGACGAUAGCCGUAGGUGCAGUCGUUCAACGACACCUUGCUGGUUCGAUUCGACCACUUGCAUUUUUCUCCGUGAUCAACUUGCCAUUUACGUGGCUGUGAAACAUUUCCGGCAUUUCCUUGAAGGUCGGGACUUCACUGUUUUCACGGAUCACAAACUGUUGGCUUUUGCACUUCGGUCCCAUUCCGACAAGUACAAUCCGAGGGAAAUCGCCCACCUGGACUACAUCUCCUAAUUCACUACCGACAUCCGCCACAUUGAUGGCACGAAGAAUGAGGUGGCUGAUAUGCGGUCCAGACCCUCACUGGCUUCUCUCCAACUCUCACACGGGAUCGACCUUUGCGCCAUGGCGGCUGAUCAACAGCGAGUCGGUUGUUCUGGUGACGAGUCUGUUAGUGGCCUCCAACUCAAAGACGUUCCUCUGACAACCGGCUCUGGUACCAUACUUUGUGACGUCUCAACUCCCUUUCAUCGCCCUUUUGCGCCCGCCUCGAUGCGUCGAGCUGUAUUUCGAACUUUGCAUGGACUCUCCCACCCUGGGAUCCGAGCCUCUCAAAAUCUCUUCGCGGAAAGUUUUGUCUGGCCUGGCAUGAACAAGGACGUCAAAGCUUGGGCCCGGUCGUGUCUGAGCUGCCAGCGCAACAAGGUGCAGCGUCACAAGAAGCCCCCACCAGGCACUUUCCCCAGCCCCGACGCAUGGUUCAGCCAUGUGCACGUGGAUGUCGUAGGCCCAUUGCCUCCAUCCAAUGGUUUCACCCACUUCCUUACCUGCGUCUAUUAGUACACCAACUGAGCUGAAGCCAUUCCUUUGCCAAAUGCGAAGGCUGAAACCAUCGCGAAGGCCUUCGCCAAUCGUUGGGUAGCCAUGUUCAGUACCCCAUCCACGGUUACGUCUGGUCGUGGUGUCCGGUUUGAAUAUGCACUCUUCCAAACGUUAAUCAAUUUUCUUGGCUGCACACCCAUUCGGACGACGGCCUCCCACCCAGCUGCCUACGGUAUGGUUGAGCGUUUCCAUCGCCAGCCAAACACUGCCCUGCGUGCCAUAGAAGACCCAGGAAACUGGUCAGACAAUCUUCGUCUUGCACUCCUCGGCAUUCCCGCAGCUCUGAAGUCGGAUCUGGACUGCGGCGCAGCUGAAUUGGUUUUCAGCACUACCCUCCGACUGCCAGGCGAGAUGGUCACCCCCAAACUCCCGUGGGGCCAACGAGACUCCUGA